AGAAAAAGAAAUAAAGAACUCUCUCUCUCUCUAAAAUACCUAUGCUCUGUGCAAAGCAGAGGAAGCAUCUGAUUCUCUGCAUGCUAAGUUCUCACACAUUCUGCUGUUAAGGUUUCCUUGUUGGGAAACCGGGGUUCCUCAUUCCGCUUCUUUUGUUGGCCAUUCUCUCUUCUAUGAACUUCUCCGCAAAAAAUGGGUGAAGAAUCCUUAGCUACAGUACCCUUUGACAGGGCAGUUGAACAGGCAAUUUUAUCCAUAAAGAAGGGUGCAUAUCUUUUGAAGUGUGGACGAAGAGGGAAGCCCAAAUGUUUCCCUUUCAGGCUUUCUACGGAUGAGAAAUAUUUGAUUUGGUAUUCCGGGCAGAAGGAAAAGCAAUUGAAAUUAAGCUCAGUUAAGGAGAUAAUUUCAGGACAGAUAAGCUUUCAGGGGCAACUUCAGCCUGAAAAGGAAUGCCAGUCGUUUUCGCUGAUAUGUGGUGAACGCUCACUUGAUUUGAUAUGCAAGGACAAAUUUCAGGCUGAUAGUUGGAAUUUAGGCUUGAGAGCUGUAAUAUCCAGGUGUCAACAUCAUAGGCCGUUAAGUAGGUCAAGGAGCCGCAGAGGGGUACAAACUUGUGUCAAUAGUCCUGCUGGGUUCUUUCGAAGAAAGCACCAUUUAGGACUUUUGGAGGAUGCCGACGAACUUUCACAGGUGCACAGUUUAUCUGGGAGUCCUACUCUGUCUCAUUCAGAAAGGUGUUUUUCUGAUGGCUUAUCAUAUUCUUCUGAUUGCUUCUGUUCAUCGGAGUCAGUCCUAUCAAAUGUGCAGAAUACACUGGCUAUCUCAAUUCCAAAUUCUCCAUAUAUUGAAGCGGAUAAUCUCAAGAAGGGGCUACCAACUGCUAAUACUAAACAUGAAAAGAAUGCGCCUCUUAGACUUGCUAUGCCUUGUGGAUCUCGGCAAAAAGAUAAGAACAAGGUUUUGAAGGAUGUUUUGCUUUGGGGUGAAGGAAUGGGAGGGGGGAUUAUUGGUGGUGGGGUGGAUUGGUUUGGGAACUAUAAUGGAGUGCAAGUGGAUGCUUUAUUACCCAAAAUACUGGAAUCCACCAUGAAGUAUGAUGUGCAGAACUUAUCUUUAGGAGAGAAACAUGCUGCCUUAGUCACCACACAUGGGGAAGUAUAUUGCUGGGGUGAGGAGAAGGGGGGUAGGCUGGGGCACAAGAUUAAUAUAGAUGAGAGCUUGCCUAAAAUUGUUGAUUCUCUUGCAGGGGUCCGUGUAAAAUCUGUUGCCUGUGGUGAAUAUCAAACAUGUGCCCUAACUGACUCUGGUGAGCUAUAUACAUGGGGUGAAAAUGGUUGUGGUGGUGAUAUAAGGGGUGAGAGAAAUAGAAGUCAAUGGUUGCCACGAAACAUUUCUGGCCCUCUGGAUGGUGUAACUAUAUCAAAUGUCUCUUGUGGGGAAUGGCAUACAGCAAUUGUUUCCACCUCUGGGCAGUUAUUUACAUAUGGAGAUGGGACUUUUGGGGUUCUUGGGCACGGUAAUCUUCAGAGUGUUUCUCAGCCAAAAGAAGUUGAAUCUCUCAAAGGUUUGUGGGUAAAAUCUGUUGCGUGUGGAUCAUGGCAUACCGCUGCUAUUGUUGACAUUGUGGUUGACCGUUUCAGAUUUAAUGCUAAAGGUGGGAAAUUAUUUACAUGGGGUGAUGGGGAUAAGGGGAGGCUUGGGCAUGCUAAUGAAGAGAGAAACCUUUUACCAACAUGUGUUGCACAACUAGUGGAUCAUGAUUUUGUUCAAGUUUCUUGUGCAAGAACGCUGACAGUUGGGCUUACCAAUUUGGGUACCGUUUAUACAAUGGGAAGUGCAAUGCACGGGCAGUUAGGGAAUCCACGGGGCAAGGAUAAAUCAAUCACAAUUGUUGAAGGGAAGCUUAAAGAAGAGUCUGUUAAGGAGAUAUCAUCAGGUUCAUAUCAUGUUACUGUCUUGACGUCUAGUGGAAAUGUGUAUACAUGGGGAAAGGGUGCCAAUGGGCAGUUAGGAUUAGGUGAUAUAGAAGACAGAAACUUACCCACUUUAGUAGAGGCUUUGAGGGACAGGCAGGUGGAAAGUAUUGCUUGUGGAUCAAGUUUCACAGCUGCAAUCUGUCUACACAAAUCUAUUUCUGUUAGUGAUCAGUCAUCUUGUACUGCAUGCAAAUUAUCUUUUGGAUUUACAAGGAAGAAGCAUAACUGUUACAACUGUGGUCUCCUGUUCUGCCAUUCAUGUUGUAGUAAGAAGGUUACAAAUGCCUCUCUUGCACCUAAUACUAGCAAGGCUUUUCGAGUCUGUGAUCCAUGCUUUAAUAAUCUGCAGAAAAUGACAAAUUCAGGUAGGCUAUUAAAACUAGAAAGUUGCAGUCCAAAACAGCACUUGACCCAACGAAAACUCUUCCCUGAUAAGAAAGAAGAAAAAGGACUUUUAGCUCCAAAAUGGAGUCAAAUGAUGUCAAUUAGACAAUCUUGUGAUGACGGAAGCCAAUAUGGUGGAAGGAAGACCCUAGAAAACAAAGGGGAAAAUCAGCAGCAUUUAGAACCUGUUUCUUCUUUGUCAGGUGGACUGCCCCAAUGGGGAAAAGUCACAUGCCCUCCUUUAUUUAAAACAUAUUGUCCAGAAAAUUCUGGAGCACUUAUUCCUCUAUCAGAAAGUCAGUCAUAUUCUGUUUCCCCCCUUCAUUUUGCAUCUGCUAUUUCCAGCGACUUAAAUGGGCCGAAAGGCAUAUCGCAUGAGAUGCUCAUUGAAGAAGUGCAGAGGCUGAGGGCUGAGGCAAGAAACCUUGAAAAGCAAAAUGAGAUUAGAAGCCAGAAGAUUCAAGAAUGUCAAAAACAAAUUGAGGAAAUGUGGUCCCUAGCUAGGGAAGAGACUGCCAAGUGUAAGGCAGCAAAGGAGGUCAUAAAAGCAUUGGCAUUAAGGCUUCAUAUGACAUCAGAGAAAGUUUCUACUAAAACGCAACUGAAAGAUGGAGUUCCUGCGACUCCGCCUCAAAUCUCACCAGCAUAUAAAGAUAGCCUUGAGCUGGUGUGCCCUAUGAUUGUGGCUACUAAACUGCCUCCUCAAGUAGGAUCACCAAAAGAAGUAGAUAGUCUAUCUAAUACUCCUAUUAUAUUCUCUGGUACUUUAAGAUCCAAGUACGGGAGAGAUGUUUGCGAUGAAAACACCAGAUCAAUGGAGAAUUCACAUGUUACAAGAACCGAAUCUCCACAUAAUGGAGCUAAAGCAUCAACGCCUGAAUGGGUUGAACAGUACGAACCCGGUGUAUAUAUCACAUUUACAAUUUUGCCAAGUGGACAUAAGGGGCUGAAACGAGUGAGAUUCAGCCGAAAACGAUUCACCGAGAGGGAAGCAGAGGAAUGGUGGGGGGAGAAUCAAGUUAUUGUGUAUCAAAAGCAAGAAUUACUUGUCAGCUAAUAUGUUGGUUAACCAACUGUAUGGUGAGAUGAUAUUGUCCCUCCUGUUGCUUUGGAAUUGUUAUGACUACUCUUCUAGAUGAGAUAAAAAGAAAGAUGGAUGGAGAUUUGCUGAAGAUGGAUAUGACCUGCAUCAAACUUUGUGCUUACCGAGUUCGGAAGAAUUAUAAAGUUUCUGUUGAUGAUGGCCUCUAACAUAGGACCUGGCAGGUUUUCCAGAAGUAAGCUUCUUUUCUCCCUUUCCAUCUCAUCCAAACUGCAUAUCUUAUAAUUGUUAAGCAUG